GGUUUGCUUUGUCAGACAACCACUUCAAACGUGAAGCUUCAUCAAGGCAGUAACGAUUUGAACAUUUCUCUACAAUUUUGUUUUCGUCUACUUGCUGAAACAACCUUAUCAACAUGCGUGAAUGUAUCUCUAUCCACGUCGGGCAGGCCGGAGUCCAGAUGGGCAAUGCCUGCUGGGAGUUGUACUGCCUGGAGCACGGCAUCCAGCCUGAUGGUCAGAUGCCAAGUGACAAGACCAUCGGAGGUGGAGAUGACUCCUUCAACACCUUCUUUAGUGAGACUGGGGCCGGCAAACAUGUUCCACGUUGUGUCUUUGUUGACCUGGAACCCACUGUUAUUGAUGAGGUCCGAACUGGAACCUACCGCCAGCUCUUCCACCCUGAGCAGCUCAUCACAGGCAAAGAGGAUGCCGCCAACAACUACGCCAGAGGUCACUACACCGUCGGAAAAGAGCUCAUUGAUCUUGUGCUUGACAGGACUCGCAAGCUGGCUGACCAGUGCACCGGUCUUCAGGGUUUCCUCAUCUUCCACAGCUUCGGUGGUGGUACCGGCUCUGGCUUCACAUCUCUGAUGAUGGAGCGUCUCUCCGUCGACUACGGCAAGAAGUCCAAGCUUGAGUUUGCUGUCUACCCUGCCCCACAGAUCUCCACAGCUGUUGUAGAGCCAUACAACAGCAUCCUCACCACUCACACCACCCUUGAGCACUCCGACUGUGCCUUCAUGGUCGACAACGAGGCCAUCUACGACAUCUGCCGUCGCAACCUCGACAUCGAGAGACCAACCUACACCAAUCUUAACCGUCUCAUUGGUCAGAUCGUGUCCUCCAUAACUGCCUCACUUCGCUUUGAUGGUGCCCUCAACGUCGACUUGACAGAGUUCCAGACCAACUUGGUGCCUUACCCUCGUAUUCACUUCCCUCUUGCCACCUACGCACCUGUCAUCUCCGCUGAGAAGGCCUACCAUGAGCAGCUGACCGUUUCAGAGAUCACCAAUGCCUGCUUCGAGCCCGCCAACCAGAUGGUUAAGUGCGAUCCCCGUCACGGCAAGUACAUGGCCUGCUGCCUCCUGUACCGUGGUGAUGUCGUCCCCAAGGAUGUCAACGCUGCCAUCGCAACCAUCAAGACCAAGCGUACCAUCCAGUUCGUCGACUGGUGUCCAACUGGCUUCAAGGUGGGCAUCAACUACCAGCCACCUACCGUGGUGCCAGGUGGCGAUCUGGCCAAGGUGCAGCGUGCCGUCUGCAUGCUGAGCAACACCACUGCCAUCGCUGAGGCCUGGGCUCGUCUGGAUCACAAGUUUGACCUGAUGUACGCCAAGCGUGCCUUCGUCCACUGGUACGUAGGAGAGGGUAUGGAGGAGGGUGAGUUCUCUGAGGCUCGUGAGGAUCUGGCUGCCCUGGAGAAGGACUACGAAGAGGUCGGAAUCGACUCUGUCGAUGAAGAGGGAGAGGAGGAAGGAGAGGAAUAUUAAACAUUCCAAACCCCUCCCCAAACAAACUGAACAUAGUUUUGUUAAGACAUUUAGUUUACUGUGUCUUAACUUGAUAGAACAAUUCUUCACAUUAAGACUGAGAAUAAGUAAUUGUCAAAUCAUUUUGUUUUAUAUAUUGACAAUACUGUGCGUUCCAUAGGCCCUGGACUAUUCGGUAAUAAUGUUACCAAUUCUCUUUUCGUGUAUGCCAAUUCAUUUAUGUAUAAAAUAACACAUCUGUGAAAAUUGGGACUCAUUUGGUCAUCGAAGGUACAAGAGAAUAAUGGAAAGGAAAGACCUUAUUGCCCAGAUUGCAUGCAGAGGCUUCACUGGGCCUGAAGUCUUUAUAUUAUUAUUUGAAUAUUUGAAAAUACCUCUCACUAAAAAAAAAAAAAAUAUUUCAAAGG